GUGUGGGGGCCGGGGGCCUUAUCUCUGAGUAUGGUAGGCUGGGUAGUUACAAAAAGAAAAAAGAAAAAUCCAUUCUUGAGGGCAGACCCCAGCCAGAUCUUGGAUUAAUUAUUUCAAGCGGCUUUUGUUUUAAGGCAGGGUUUGGACAGCAUGUGUAUGAGCGUCCCCCAACCCCCUCUUCCUCUUGCUGGUAGGAUCUAAUUUCCUGAAAAUGAACCAAGCUGUGUGUGAUAGGCGGGCAUUGAGGGACAGGGGGGUGGGGAAGGACGGUGCAUCCCAGCAUCUGGGAAAGAUUCCCGGCGGCUGGGAGGGGGAAGCAUUUCCCAGACCCACCGAUCUUCCUUGGCCAGCCUUCUCUUGACGUCAUUCCAACUCCCAGCCUGCACACCACCGAGAUGAGACAUUCUGAUGUCAGGGCUUUCAUAGGUCAGCUGAGACAAUGGAACAGAGACUUCGCAAGAACCAAGGUGGCUGGGACUUUAUUCUGGCGCUCCUAUUUUCAUAUCGGGUUUUUAGACCAGCAGAAGACUUGCUCUUUUUCUUUUCACUUCUUAGAGUGGCUGAUAGAUCCUCUGUUUUGACUCCAGUGAGGAAGCAAUCCCUUCCCCCAGCCCCUUUGUGGAAAAAUAUCUGGAGGCUCUCUUUUCUGGGGUUGGUAUUCUGCCCUUACAAGUGUGUCUCACCUACAACUCUUUCUCACAUAAAGUUCCAAGCUCACUGACUCCAUCCUGGAAGCCCAGGGAAAGUCUGUUAGGAGAGGUAAGGUGGUCAAGGUAAACUGAUCAGAGGACCACUUGAGACCAGAGUGCAGAUACAUAUCCUCUAUAAUAGCCAGUGCUCUACAAUUUCCCAGGACAGGAAACCAAAUGGGGUUCUCUGGGACCCUAAAGGUAACCAGGAUUCAUCUCCUAAAAGGUGCAUGGAGAGCCAAGACAGAUGGGAGGUUAGACCUUCUUAGUGCAUCAGUUGUUAGUGAGGUAGGGAGCCCAGAAGCAAGGGCUUCUUGUUGAGAAUAAUAAGGGUAGGAGCUAAUUAUUUAAUCUUUUCAACAAAGUCUUUCAGGACAAGAACUACUUCUCCUUUUUGUUUUCCCACAAUGUCUAGGUCAGUGCAUAAAUCAGCCCUCGGUUAAUACUUGUUGGUUGGCUGGCCAUUCAUUAGCUGAGGGCAGUUUCUGGGCAACUUUCCCAAAUAUCACUCUCCUUACUUUGGGAUGGGAGCUUUUGCCAAGGGUACCAGGUUGUCUUGAAGAAUCAGGAGUUACUUAUCUGCUAACUAAUUAAGUGAAAGCAAGCCAAACACCAGGCUAGGCACUGGAGGAGCUACAAAAGUCCAAGUUGCUGUCCUGAGACUUGGGAGUAUUCGAGCUUAUUAGGACUUUUUCAUUUCUGAUUCCAGUAUUCUAGUUGGCAUCUCUAUUGCCGUGCCUCCCUUUGUAUGGCAGAAGCCUUUGUGUUCUCUUCAUCCCUACACUGUAAAAUCACCCCGUGAUUCCUUUUUUAAUUUUUUUUUUUAAUCUUACGUGUCUCUCAUGGUACUUGUCAUAUAAUCGAUGUUCGAGUUAAAUUAAGUUGAUGCUUGGAAUAUUUGGGCAACAUAACACAAUACUAAGUAUUCAAGAGCCAGAAUGUGUGGUAGAGGCUGUGAGUACUGUAGAAUUCAGGGAAGAGAGGGGUCACUGGAAUAUCAUGAGGACCAGGCUUGGUGGGCGUCCAGAAGGGAGGGGGAGUUUCAGGCAGGGAAAGUUGCAUGAACAAAGGUAUGGAGGCAGGUGAGGACAGGUUGGACAAGAAAUAGGAGAUUGGUCUAUGUUGGGGGAUGCUGGAAAACUAUGAGCAGUGGAGGUUGAGGCGACCCAGUGCGUGCAUGUUUAGCAGGACUUAAAACCAGUCAUGAGCCUGGGAAAUACAUAAUGGAAACUGAGUGGGAGAAUAUGUCACACACAUGGGCUAAAGUAGAGGAAGGGUCUGGGGUGGGGACUUGGAAUAGAACUGGUCCCGACAUCUGAAAGAGGUUUGAAGGGAGGCUCAUUAUAUGGUCACUAGAUUGAUCUAGGGGAUGACUGAGGCAUGAGAUGUAGGAUGUCAAAAUCGACUUCCGGUCCUUUUAGCCAGUCUUCUGCUGAAUUGUAGCACUGGUAAUUUUAAUCUAGAAUUCCCAAGUAUAUUAAUGGGUCCUGGCUUCUAACCAAGCUGUCAGGCAGGUACUUAAAACCCAUGUUGAAGACUUGGGUACAGAGGUCUUUGGAAACAAGCCUUCUUAGCUGUUUGACGUUAGACAAUUUAUUUAAUGAUUGAGUCUUUUUUUUUUUUUUCCUGUAGAAGGGGUAAGUAAAUUUCUCAGUGGCAUUACAAAGAUUAAAUUGGUAGUGUGAGAAUGUGCUUGGGGUAUUGCAAGAUUCUAGUUUUCUCGUCUCCUCACUUUCUGAAAUCUAAGAAUUUUGUUCUUGCCUUUUGGAUCACGAUGAUAUUUUGUCCUGGUUGUAGGACUAAACGCUCCACCAGCUUAUUGUUUCUAUCCUAUAUUUUUUUCUUACUGUUGAACAGUACAGAACAUUUACUUACUCUCAGAACGAGUACUCCCAAAAUAGAGAGUGGCCCCAGGACUGGUUAAUCCAGCAAUUUCACGGACAUAAGUCAUUUCUUUCCCUCUCCCUUCCGCCACCCUCAGCCAUUGGCUUUAUAUUGAACUGCUUUCUUUCCAGCUCUAACUUGGCUGCCACCAUUCCAAUCUUUCCUGCUCCGGCAGAACUUGUCUUUGUUUCCUUGGCCAGAACCCUGUCACAUACUUACCUCAACACCAAACUCUGGCAAGAGGCAGGUGACAACGAUGAUUGAUAAGCCAAUCAGGAUUUACCCUCUGAGGAUGCUUGGUCAGCCAAUCAGGAUUUACCCUCUGAGUCACGUGAGAAGGGGAAGCAUCUGGUGGCUGGUCAGUGCUUCCCCCGCUGCAGGGUGUUUUUGUGGCCUGGGACUGGUUAGCACCAACAAGUCCUGCUCAAUGCCACCCAUCAGUUUCCAAGACCUUCCCCUCAACAUCUACAUGGUCAUCUUUGGCACAGGCAUCUUCGUCUUCAUGCUCAGUCUCAUCUUCUGCUGCUAUUUUAUCAGCAAACUCCGGAACCAGGCACAGAGUGAGCGAUACGGCUAUAAAGAGGUGGUGCUUAAAGGUGAUGCCAAGAAGUUGCAGUUAUAUGGGCAGACCUGUGCAGUCUGUCUGGAAGACUUCAAGGGGAAGGACGAGCUAGGUGUGCUCCCAUGCCAACAUGCCUUUCACCGGAAGUGUCUGGUGAAGUGGCUAGAAGUACGCUGUGUCUGCCCUAUGUGUAACAAGCCCAUUGCUGGGCCCUCAGAGGCCACUCAGAGCAUUGGAAUCCUAUUGGACGAGCUGGUGUGAAUGCUGCCUCUACACCAAGGCCUGGAGAAGACCACUUGCCUCAUGGGUGCCUGGCCCCUCCGCACAGCUACAGGUGAACAAGACUGGUGGGUGGUGACUGACGUGCUUACCUGAAGGGGCAGUAAUGCAGGGCUGGGCUCCCACCAUCAGGGGGAGGCCUGAGUCGCGCCACCUUUCUGCCUCCUGAGGCCUUCUUCAGCUACUCAGCACCUGCUACUCAGCACUGGCGGUGUCACCCAUCAAGAACGCUGUAUCCUGGUACCGGAACGUCUACCUGCCUGUCCCUGUGGGGGAAGCUGGGGAAGGCAAUCCACCCCUAUCUGGCCAAGAACUUGGAGCUCACCCCUUAGGAGGACUGGCUGCCCUGACCUAGAAGAAGGGAGGAGAUGGGCCCUGCCCCACCUGUAACCUGCCUCCCCUCUUCGCUCCUUCCACAGGAAGGGGAGAAGGGGAGGAAGGAACCAUCAAGGAACCAAGUGCCUCCAGUGCAAGCGAGGGAGGCUCUGUAGGAAAUCAGGAAGAACAGGGACACGGAAAAAGGAAAGUCAAUGUUUACAUGGGGCCUAUGGAAAUAAAGGCUUGGCCUGUAGGCCUGCUGACCACAGGGUAAUGGGGGGCGGAUGCCUUCCCUCUGCUAGGAUCUGAGGUGCUAUCCAUUCACUGUCUUCCUCAGCCGAUCUCAGAGCGUCCUAUUCCGUUUUGGGGUUAUAGUACCCCUCCAGAGGAAGGGCUUAUUUUACACUCAAAUGAAUUCCCAGGGGCUUUUUCUAAAGGAGCAAAAGGGGCCUGGGGAUGGGGGUGUCUGAAGGUUAAGGUGGCAACAGAUACCUUCUUCCCCUUUGUAAAUAGUAUUUUUGUACUUCAUCCUCACCAUCUCAGGCUUUAUACAUGGAAUCCCCUGAAUGGAGGGGGUGGGGUUUCCUCUCUCCUCCUCCCCGCCCCCCCCCCCCAGAAUAGGUGAGGGUGGGAGAAAGGUAUGUAUUUAAAGAAAAUUAAAUUUAAUAACAAGUUUCUCUUUUUGCCUGUGA